UCAGCAUUGAGUUUCAGCUUAUUGAAAAAAUUUAUAAAAAAUUUGACAGAAAAUGGAAGCCCAAAAUUUACUAACCAUUUUAUCAAACCUAGAACUAGUAACCAGCGCCACCACACUAAAAACAAUAUCAACAAACAUCAAAGCCUACCUAACCCCAUUUUCCACUGUAACCCCUCAAACUAUCCCCAACCUCCCAAAAGUCGACGGCUUUAUCCACAGCAAGAUAAUCGAGCAUACUCUAAACCUCCUCUUAAAAUGCCCAGACCAGUCCUUAAUAUCCCUAGCCCACAACCUCAUCCAAGGCCCAGCGUACCCCAUGAUCAACGAAUCACUCCAAGUAAUAAUAGAAAAGCUAAAAACCUCCUCGGAGCCUUUCACCAGCCUUCUAAUCACCCUUUUAGAAGAACUGACCAGUAGCGACACCUUGUACUUAUCCCUAGUAACAGCUUGUAGCCCCGUUCCCCGAACGGCAAUCGAACAAUCCGAGUUUUUGGAGAACUGGAGAGUAUUUUCCCAGCUUCUAGUAUCUUUGCCGACUCUUCUAGCGAAUAAAACCCUCGGAAAAGUCCCGAAGUGCUUUAAAUUAAACAAUUACGCGCAAAUAAUAACCUAUAACAUUUCCCGCGCGGUAAAAUUGCUAAAUAAACUCCAGAAUGAAUUGAAUAUCAGCCCUAAUGUCGAGCUUAUUUCUUCUUUAAUUAGCAAGAGCAUCUACAGUUUAGGAUCUUUUAAUUUCUCGGCAUUAGUUGACAUUUUUUCCUCCUGGUCGCUAAAAAACAGCCUAAAUAUCAAUGAAUUUAUUUACAAAAUUUUAGAAAACUUGGAAAGAUCUGCAGUAGAACCUUUUGCGACUUUACUUUUGAAGCAAACAAAUAAUCCAAGCGACAUUGAAACAAUCCUCCGGGAUUCCCUUAGAAUUGACCAGUGGCGCUACGUCCUAACCACAAAAAUCCCCUUGUUGUCUUUCCAAGAAAGCGAACAGCUGAUCAAGAACUUAGUGUUCUACUUAUCAUCUUCAAUUCAUGAAAACCGGCCUUUAGUAGCUUUAGUCUUCAAACUUUUGGACAUUUGGGGCGACAGGAGCGCCUUAAACCAUUGUUCAGUAGAGCAUCAUGAAUAUAUCAGCAAGUUUAUCUUAAUUUCAAUAAAAAAAUUACAAAAUCAACUGACUAAUGCAGAAAAAGAACAACUUCAAAGAUUGCUAUUUGAAGGGACUAGUGUUCAUUUAGAAUCCAUGUUAUUGGAGGUCAGAAUCUUAGGAAUGAUUACUGGAGAGUUAGUCCUUGAAAUUUUAAAUGAAAAAGGCCCUAAAUUAAAGUAUGAAUACCCUGAACAUCAACUUGUUGAUAAAUUUAGAAAUUUAGCUACUAAUGAUAUAGUAGCUAGCUGUUUUACCGACGGAGAUGAAAUUCUAGAAAACUUAAGCCUAGUUUUCAUGAAAGAAGAUGAUAAAGCGGCUAAUAAAGACAUAAUUAAGGUUAAUUCUAAAGAAUCUGGGAAUUUAGGGCUGGUUUUCAUGAAAGAAGAUGAUGAAGUAGUUAAUAAAGACAGAAUUAAGGUUAAUUCUAAAGAAGAAAUAGAAAAAAUUGUUGAUAAAGAAGAAGAAUUAGAUAGUGAUGAUGAUAAAGCGCUUAAUAAGAACAAAACUAAGGUUAAUUCUAAAGAAAUUAAGAAAUUAGGGCUGGUUUCCAUGAAAAAAGAUGAUAAAGCGUUUAAUAAAGACAGAAUUAAGGUUAAUUCUAAAGAAAACAAAGAUGAAAUGGAAAAAAGUGUUGAUAAAGAAGAAGAAUUGGAUAGUGAUGAUGAUUUAGAGCCUUAUGAUUUAUCUAAUGACACUCCAGUAAUAGAAAAAUUAAAGCCAGCAUAUUUAAGAGACUUAAGAGACAAUUUAAUAACCCACCAGGCAAACAAAGAUCCGGAUAUAUUUUCAGAAUCAAUGAAAGUAGCAGAAGAAUUAAUUCUUAAACAACUUCCGAGCGAUGAUAAGUCUCUAGGGCUUGAAUUAUUAAGAAUUUUAAUGACUCUUAAAGAAGAAGUCUAUACGGCGGAUUUUUAUAAGCUUAAGUUCCGCGCAUGCGUGGGAAUUGUUCUUGUUUAUCCAAAAGAAGCUGCGGAAUUUCUUUGUGCGAGUUUUCAUGCGAGUAUGGGCGAGUUUUCAAUUAGCGACAGGAUUUUUUUUUUGAGUGUGUUAGCAGAGGGCGCUAGAAGGUUGUCUAGGAUUGAGGUUAAGCUUGAAGAUGAUAAAUAUGAUAAAAAUGGCGAUAAAGAGGUUAAGGAGGUUAGGAAUGGUAAAAAGAAAAAGAAUUGUAAUAUUUCUUUGAUAAUAGAAAGAAAAAAGAAUGAGACUUUGUAUGAUGAAGACUUUGAAGUUGUUGAAGAAGAAGAAAACAGAGGUUGGGAAGAAAUAGUGCAAAAAAGGAUAGAGUCUAAGACUAGAAGAUUUGCGCAUGAGUCUAAGAGAGUUAAAGGUUUUGCUAAUAAAUUCAAUGAUGUCGCUACUGGGUUCUUCUACCCGUUACUGUUUGGCGUGAUGCAAAAGAGGGCGUACUUGUAUAAGCUCCCGGACCAGUUUGUUGACACGGAUAAUAUUUUGUUGGUAGAGUUCUUGAAGACUCUGUCGGUAAUAAUGGUAGCGGCGGAAAAUUGUGUAGCUGCGGGGAAGAUUGCGCGGGAUUUGAUGGAACUCGUGUGGACGCUGAGGUUCCAUGAAGAAGCGAAGGUUAGGUUAUGUGUGAUUGAAAACAUAGCGGCUGUAAUUGUUACUUUGAAGAAAGAGAACUUGGGGAGGGAUACUGUGGAGUUGAUGUUGGAGUUCAGGAGCUGGUUGGUGGAUCUGGCACUGGAUUCUGUGAGGGGAGAUCCUAAUGCUAACUGCAGGAACUUGGCGAGGAAUGUUGUGGCGCUUAUUGAUUCUGUUGUUGGAGAGAGCUUUAAGGAGGUCCAAGGAGCCUUCUAGUGUAAAUAAUGUCUAUAAAAUAAUAUG